AAAAAAAAACAUAAACAAUUCUCAUUUGAAUGUCUACCAACCUUCUCUCAUUGAGAGCAAGAGAGUAACUUACCGACCCUCUCUCAUUAUUUUCAUCAUGGGAUAUUUUCAUAUUUCCUUUGUGAUUUUCAAUCAGUUUGUAUUCAGAAGUUCAGCUAUGAAGUGCAUGUUAUAUUAUUGAAAUUCAUUAGUUUGAUAUAGUUAAAAUUUCUUUAUUUUCGCGGUUUUGCGCGACAGUCGAGAAUAGACGAUGGAAAAAUUGUAUGAUAGCCGAAAAAUAUAACUAGUUUAAGUGAUUCCAAUUUGUGUCAAAUUAAUAAGUGAUUUUAAAAAAAAAAUAUUAAAAAUAUUAAAUUAAACCUAGUUAUUUGCACCCAGCAUAUUAAAAGAAAUUUGAUUUUUUAAACUGUCAAGAGUAAAAAAAAAAGUAUAAAUAACGUGUCUGAGAGGAGACCUGUGCUAAAAUCAAUUUAAUGUAUUCAAAUGAAAAAGUUUAUCAAUAUAUUUUGAUAUAUGCUACAAUUUUAAUUUCUAUUGAUUGUGUAAUCUUUUAAUUAAAGGAAUACAUAUUAUUAUUAUUAUUAUUAAAAACAAACAAACAUAUAAAAGAGAAAUAAAACUAAGGGUUUAUUCAAUUCAAUCAAUCAUCAUCAUCGUAUAUCGAGAAAAUUUUAUAUCAUGGCACGAAGGAAAGCAAAAACAAAUGUCAAGAAAACGACCACAAAUAUAUCAACGACAGCUGCCUCAAAGAUGACCAACGAUUCAAUAAUAAAAGCAGAUGAUCCUGGUGGAACUGAAGAUGAAACGCAAAAUAAUCAUACAUUAAAUAAUAAAAUUAUAACAAGUCGUACAAACGGAAUUAACGUGAAUUACAUCAAAGCCACAAAGGACCAAUUGGCUUCAUCAUCGCCAAAUCAAUCACCAAUAGUAACAGGAACUACGGCUCUAAUUAAUAACAACAAUACAACAAACGAUUCAAAGUACCUGCAUAAGAAAUUCAAAAAAUUUUGUGCCACUGUAGAUAGUAAUCAAACAAAUCAUAAUUUUAAUUGUAGUAAUAAUAACAUUAGCCAUAAUAGCACUAUCGUCGUAAAUAAUACAAUUGGAACAUCAGCAAGUUUAUCGACAAGCAGCAGUAGUUCUAUUGCUGUCGCCGGAUUAUUAAAUAAUAAUAAUAACAGUGAAAUAGUAGAGAAUAAGAACAGUUGGAUAUCGACAGAGGAAGUAGCAAUAGAACAACAUCCAGAGGAUACAAGUCUAAGAAACUAUCACCAACACAAUCAUCACCAGCACCCGCACCACAAUACAAAUAAUAAUCAAUUUCAAUCAGUGCCAUUAUCACCAACGCCCAAACAUCUUCAAACGACAGAAGAAGAGAAGCAACUUGUGAAAGAUAUCAUUGAUAUUAAUAAUGAGAAUUUUAUACAUCAGAGUGCCAAUCGUUCGUUGAGCCUUCAGAAUCCAUCAAGCUUUCUGAUAACGAAUUCGACUAGUGGUGGUUCCCUCGUGACAGUUACGACACUUGGUAAUCAUAAUAGUAAUUUUCAAGCUGGCGAUAUACGACAUAAAUCAAAUACGACAAGUCAACAGCAAGAACCUGCAACAAUUUCAUACGCCAAUAAUCAUCAAACACACAACGGUAAUUUUGUGAUCAUCAAUAAUCAAUUAUCAGUAGAUUAUAGUCAUCAACAGCCAUCGACUGGUUCAAAUACGACUACUACAAGUGUGCCAACGACAACAAAUCAAGGUCCUGGUCGAUAUAUUUGCCCAUAUUGUCAACUCAAUUGUGCCAAGCCAUCAGUGCUGCAGAAACACAUACGUGCUCAUACAAACGAGCGUCCAUUUCCUUGUAAUUCCUGUGGAUUUGCAUUUAAAACAAAGAGCAAUCUUUACAAACAUUGCCGAUCUCGUGCACACAUUCAACGUUGUAACGGAGAGACAGACCCGAAUAGUGCCCUCCUUAGUCAGCAAAACGAAGAAGACGGCUGUUCCUUAGAAUCUGGUGAUAUUGAUGAAACAGAGAACUUAAGUCAAACCGAAAGUAUGAAUCGAUUGUCAUCUCCAUCGAUGAUGAUGGAAAGUCAGAUGAAUGGAAAUUUUGGUGAGAAUUCGUCGUCGUCAUCAUCAAAUUCCUCUUCAAUUCCAUAUCCAGCGAAUUCAUCCAGUGAUACUACUUUAAAUAAACCCUACAAACCUAAAUUUCAUAAUUAUAAGAAACUGGAUUUGACAAAAGCCAGUACUCUUGUUAUGCCAUCAACAGCAGCUCCAAUUUCACAAACAAACUCAAGUACACCAUCUACGCCAUCAACACCAUCGUUUUUCAGUGCUAAUGCUGGAAAUUUGACACCCCAAAUUAUCGAGGAACGUAUCAGUAGAAUUAUAAGUGAUAAUGAAGCUAUUAUUGAUAAUGUUGAAGCAUUGCUUCAGAAAAAAUAUCACAAGAUAACAGGUAUUCAACGAAAUUUAUCAACAACGGCUACGUCAAGCAUCAAUACUAUUGUAACGACAUCAGUCUCGACAACAACAAGUGAACCUCAUGCUAAUUCCAAUUCAAAAUUGGCGCUUGCUUUACUCAAACAACAGCAACAACAAAAGCAACAUGAUGAGGAAAUUUUGAGAUAUCAAAUGUCUACACCACAGCCAUUAAACUUGAUUAAGAUUCAGGAGCCACUAAGUGUCGAUGUCACAAUGCAUAGUCCACAAACACCAAGGAAAAGGUUUCUUAGUGAAAAUGCCGCACCACUUGUAAUAACAUCGAAUCAACAAGAAAUUGGUGAGAAACAACAAAUUUUACAACAGCAACAGCCAACACAACUUGUUAUUCCGACAAGUCAUCCGCAAAAUCCCGAAGGAUCAAUUAUCAAAGAUUUAUUGCUCAAUUCAAAGAAUUUUGGUGCAAUAGACGGCGAUGGAGGUGAUGGAACUUAUUCAUGCCCGACUUGCAAAAUUUCUUUCCGUGGAGCCGACAUACUUAAAUAUCAUUUGAUUUGUCAUUGUGGUGAUGAAAAUAUCAUUUCACGUUCGGCGCCAAUGAGUCCAUCGAGCAAUGCCACAAUGUCUCCUUACUAUAAAAAUUCACCGUCAAGUUUAAGUAGUCUUGCUCAAACACAAUUGAAAUCGUUUGCAUCUAGUAAUACAUGUAAUCCAUCAAGCUUAAAGAAGCUUGCGAGAUCACAGUUGAAGGCACCAAAACCAAAACCAGAAAAUAUCAUCAUUAGUCCUACAAUAUCUGCCAUAAAACCCACAGCUAUAAAUAGUCAACAUUUAAUUAAGAAUCCAUUGCCAUCACCAGGUCCUUUACUUGGUAACACAAGACUUGUUGAUAAUAAGAGAACAGAAGAUGAUUAUAGUUCACUUAUAAAGAAGCAGAGACUUGAAUUUUCACAUUCAAAUGAGAAAAAGAUGUCUCCAUUUUUUGAUGUUAAAUUUAUGCAUGAUAAGAUGACGCCAUCAAAGAAUUUUCCUUCGGGUGGAAGUUUUAUUGCUCUUGAAUCUGUAGAGAAUCAGCCAGAUGUGAUUCCAGACAAUAGUACUAAUCUAAUGCGACAAGGAUUGUCUGGAGGCAAUAUUCUAGAGGUGCCAAUAAAGAAAGAAUCCUCCUUUCAUGAUCCUCCUCCAAUCACACCGAAAAUGAUUGUAACUAUCACGCCAACUUUAGCACCAACAUUGACAACUAAUUCAAUGUUUACUAGCACUAAGAAUCAUUUCCAAUUUCCACCGCAAGUAACUGUCUAUAAUGCAUUAACAUUACCUCUUUUAUCAUCACACCAACAUCAACAAUCACAAGCUCAUCAACAAGGAACUCCAGGAACUAUUGUGCAUGGUGGUAGAAUAAUUCCAUACGUCCCAGGAAUUCCAGGUCCAAAUACAAUGAAUAUUGUGAAUAAAAAUGAUUUACCUCCUCCCCCAGUUCCAAUUAAACAAGAUAAAAGAUUAAAUUCUCCAUCUAUGAAGCAGAAUGGAUUAAUUUCAUUACCACCACCGAGAGACAUUUCUCCAAGCACAGUUAUGCCUCGACCAAAUGGUGUUAUUCUUUCCAAGAAGAAAUCAUUUAAUUUUGCAAGAAUUGCUGAUAAUAUUGACGCCGCAAAUCGUGGAAGAAAGUCACCAGAAUUUAAUUCAGAAUGUCAAGAAGAAUUAGCACCACCUCCAGAGCAAAAAAUGUUAAAACCUGCAUUUUUACGUCCAACAACUUUGCCUUUGAAACCGGGAACUUUUACUCCAAAGCAGCAUCACGGAAUCACUCCAACAGCAAAUACAUUACCUUUAAUUUCUCCAGAAACACCUCGUCCAUCAAAAUCAUGUGUACAACUUUAUCUUAAUGGACAUGCCUACACAUAUUUGGGAUUAAAGUCGAGUACAAAGCCAUUCUAUUGUACUGUAAAUAAGCCACAACCUACUUAUAUACAAAAUCAAUACAAAUUGUCUAUGUAUAGCAAUUGGCAAAUUUACACUGGAAAUAAUCCAAAUAUUUUUGACCUGUCACCUUAUGCUGCUAUGGGACUCUACGAUUCCCGUCAGAGACCACCAAAGUUUUCUAUUGCUGAAAGUGAAAAGGAAAUUGUGAAAUUAGUUGAGAUGCAAAGUACAAAGGUUACAGUAUCUGUAGCACCCACAAAUUAUCAAGUUCAACAUGUCACAAUAAAAGAAGAGCAAUCACCAAAUAAUACAUCGACCCCAGUUGCUCCAAAUCCCUCACAAAGUGCUUCAAGCUAUGAAAACAAUGAGGAGUAUACGUACAUACGUGGUCGAGGCCGAGGAAAAUAUAUUUGUCAGGAAUGCGGUAUUAGAUGUAAAAAACCGUCGAUGUUGAAAAAACAUAUAAGAACACACACUGACUUACGGCCCUACACAUGCUCAUACUGUGAAUUUAGCUUCAAGACUAAAGGAAAUCUUACAAAGCACAUGAAAUCGAAAGCACAUUACAAGAAAUGUUCAGAAUUGGGUUUAAGUCCGAUUCCUACAGUUCCUGAUGAUGACGCAAAUGAAAACGAUGAUAAUAUUAGCGAUAAGACUAGACGAAUGAUUAUGAAUGGAAGAGAAAAUGAUAUGAGUAGUCGAUGCGAUUCAGAAACCGAAGAUGUUGACACUGAUGAUGAUAUGGAUGAUGAGUCUGAUGAAUCUGAUGAGUCAAAGAACAGAAUGCCAGAGCAUGAAGCAGCACAAUUGUUGCUUUCAUUGUCAAGUCAAACAACCAGUAAUACGAGACCACCGUCCGCAAGUCAUACACCAAUACCUCAACAUCCUCAGCAGCAGCACCUUAUUCAAAUACCUCAAAAUAUUGAAAACUGGUUGGAAAAAUCUUCAAUGGCUACAGAAAUGAUUCCAAGGAGUCGAAUAAUAUUCACAAACACAAUAAAAACCGGAGAUUUCGAUCUUCUGAAUCAUGGAAAGUACUAUCCUAAUCCUUCAAUAAGUCGUCCUAAAGAAUUGCUUCGUCCAAUCAUUCAAGAAACAACUCAUGACGAUAACGAUGCAAUGCCAAUGGAUUUAACAAAAAAGCCUUCACCAAAAUUUGAAAAUCAUCAUUAUUAUCAAAGACCUUUAAUGGUGCAUGCAUCUGAUGUGAUCUCUAAAAUUUCCGAUCCUGCUCUUCUCAACCAACUUGUCUCAAAUACUGAUAAAAUGACAAUAAGCCAAAUCGGAUCAAAUGUGAAUUUCACAGAUGCUGUUCAAUACGGUGAAAGUUUUCUUCCACAAGAAUAUGUCACAGAGAGAGCAUUGAAAGAUGCAAGGAUUAAGCAGAUUCAACAAUCUGGGAAAUUCAUCGACUAUGGUAGCAGUCCGACAAAAGAGCGUGACAUUAAUACUUUAAACGAUGAUGAAAAUUCAAUUUUUAUCAUUAAACCCACUCAAAUGCCGUCUUUGCAAAAUAAAAAUGCUAAUAAUGUCAGUAACAAUAAUAGUGGAAUGAUGGAUGCAUUGGCUGAUCUUGCUGCAAAAUCCGAUAAAUUGGAGAUCAAAAUACAGUCAAAUGUUGGUGAUGAACCAUCAUCAAAAGCUAAGAAUGUUGCAUCCGAAUACCUCAAACUAACACAACAAAAAUUGCAACGUUCUGUGGAUGAUCAAGGUGAUAAUGGAAGUGAUCAAGAAGGUCAAGAGUCUCAGACAAUUUUAUUAACACCUCAAACAAUUGUUGUUGGCGAAGAUGGAUUUCAUAAAAAGGCAUCAAAUUCUAAUAAUAUGUUUGGGAAUGAUCCUCUCCUCUAUUCGCACCUUCAAGACGAUUCAGGACGACCAGUUUGUGUUGUUUGUUCGAAGGUUUUCCAAAAAGCUAGUCAGCUUAAGAUUCAUAUGAAUAUUCAUUACAUGGAAAGAAAGUACAGGUGUGAGGCAUGUGGUGUAAGCUUCAGAACACAAGGGCAUUUACAGAAACAUGAGAGAUCAGUAAGUCAUCAGAACAAAGUAAAUAUGUCUUCGACAUUCGGAGUUCCAAGUGUCUCAAAUCCACGUCCAUUUAAAUGUAAGGAUUGCAAAAUUGCAUUUAGAAUUCAUGGACAUUUGGCAAAGCAUUUAAGAAGUAAAAUGCAUGUAUUGAAAUUGGAAUGUCUCCAGAAACUGCCAUUUGGUACUUAUGCUGAAAUGGAACGAGCUGGUUUUAAUCUCACAGAUAUCGAUACAAGUGACUGUGAUAAUUCUUUGAUGAGCCUUCGAGCACUUGCAAAGAAACUAAAUGAAAAAGAUCCAUCGAAAUUGGGUCCCCUUCCGCCACUUUCAAAUGACGAUUCAAUUGACUGUGAUGAGAGUGGAAUGAAUGAAAAUUAUGAUAGCGAUUCAAGUGACCAAGGUAUCAUCUUACCAAAUAGCAUGUCAAAUGAUGAUGAUGGCCAUUUAAUUAAACGAAAAUUAACUGAUGAUUAUGACUCGGAGGUAAUGAAGAGAAUUAAGCUAACAGCAAAUUUAGAAAGUAAUUUACAGCAUGUGCCAUCAACAAACAUUGAUAAUUCUCUUCAUGACGACGAGAAAUCACAAAUGACAUGUGCCAAAAACUAAUUGAAAUGAGAAUAAGAAACACAUAAACUUCAAACAUAUCGGAAGACAUAAAAAUUUAAAUAGUCAUCUAAUCAAUAGGAAUCGAAUGACGAUUCAUCCAAAAUAUUGAGUACAUUUUUUCUAAGGAUUAUCCUUUCAGUUAUUAGAAAGAACCAAUUUUUAAGCCAUUAUGGAAAGUUUUUCUAUACAUUGUAAAAAAAAACAAAAAUUUGCAGAUAAAGUCAAGAGGAGAAGAUCAGUUUAAAUUUCAUGUCUAAGCCUUAUUUGAAUUAAAUUAUUUUUGGUUGAAUUCUAAAAUUCACAAAUUUUGGUGUAUAUUUGAGAAACUGUUCAAGGGGGUGUGGUAUUAAUUUCUUUAGGAACUGACAAUUUUCGAUAGGUAGUUGAAAUUUUUUAUCUCAGAAGACCUCAGCAAUUUUAUAAGUUUUGAAGAAAAAAAACCUCUUUCAAUCUUGGAAAAGUUCCUUACUUGACAACAAAAAUGUUUUGUUUUUUAAUUGUAAAAUAUUCGGACUAGCCAUAAAGAUUCAAAUUCUUCUCCUCCCCUUGAUUUAAACCAUAAAAAAAAAAAUAAAAUAAUAGUCUAUAGAAGUUAAAUCAAUCGAAAUGUGAGAGAAUUUUAGAAAUUUUCGAUUGAUUUGAUUUUUAAAAGUUUUAAAGAAAUACGUAAAAAAAAUAAUAAAAUAUCAAAGAUUGAAUGACUAAAUAUCAAGAACUAAGAUACAGAAGAUUUCAUUUUUCGAUAAAGAUUUUUUAUAGACACGACAACAUAUCAAAUUGAUACAAAACGAAAGAGAAAUAAUGAACCUUUAAGAAAAUUUUUUAUGAGUUUUAUGCAACCGAAAAGAAAAAUAUAAUUAAUAGUCUUCCAUAAUAAGCCAUUUCUAUUCAUUUUAGCUUAUUAGACACGAGAUCAGCUUUUAUCUUAUGAAUUAGUUUAGUUUUAAUUACUGCAUGAGUUUUGGUUACUUGAACCAAAUUGGGAAAAAUUACUUGUGUUAAAUGCAAUUUUCUUUUAAGUCAAUCUACAACUAAUAUUAAUUUUAGUAGAAACAUUUUGCUGUGGGCUCCUUUUUAUUGAAUUAACCAUAAACUAUCGUAAAAAGAUGAAAAAAAAGUUUUAUGAUAUAAAAAGGAAGAAUUUCUUUUAAUUUAAUUUUAAAAAUCAAAAAAAAUAUGUACAUAAAUAUGAAUUAUAUUAUACAUAUAAGUUUAUUAAUCUUAAGUUUUUAACUAUAUAUUUAAAAAAAAAGUGAAACAUGCAUCUGAUGAUGAAAGAAUUAAUUUUUACUUUAAAAGUAAAAUAAAAUUUGAAAAAUUUAUGGAAAAAAAAUCUAUAUUUGCAUUAUUUUUUUAUGAAUCUUGAUUUACAGGCUACGUCUACCUGUAACCACUCGAUAGGAGGACAAAUGAAAAUUCAACAAUUUUUAACCAUUUGACAAAACCCGAGUCAACUUCGAGCUCUGGGAUGGGGAGAUAUCAGUUCAAUCCAAGUUUCAGGAAGGAAUAAUCCUUAAAGUCAAACAUUCAAAGAAUUCUUAAGGGGCCGUUCACUUAUU